UACCCAAUCAUGAAUGAAAGAUACUUCUUUAAAUCUGUAAUUACAAUAAGAAUUGUUUAUAAAAUCAGUAAAUUACAACCCUGAACUUCCAAUAGGCAGUAAAAGACAGAAUAGUUGUUUGAUUUAGCGUCGCAAUUGAUAGCACAUGUCUCUAAUUGUGUUUUUUUUGUGCUUCUAAAUGUGUUCGUUCCCCUAGGAAGCCUGUGCCUUAAUGUUCGUCGACACGGUACAUUAUAUUGAAUCGUAUAUGAAUAUAUUAUCGCUUCGCAGUGGCUAUUUACUUUCCUUCCAGGAAAAACGCUUUAAUACAUAUUGAACUACACAUUUGCGAAUGAAAAUCUAGAAUUCUUUAUUAUUCAUUCUCUACGACAUGAGCCGAAAAAAUCGUAAUAGUAUCUGUGACACUUACCUUGUUAGUUUUAUCCGCUUUUGAAUCUAAUGAGAGCACGAGAUAUCGAGGAAUUUCCAGGUGCUAAAAAGAAAAGAACUCACAUGUUGGAUAUUUCCGAUGAUCCAGAAUUCAUCGAACUAAUACAAUUCAAGUAUCAUGAGGCUGCUAAAGCUUCUGGUGUAUAUUUAAUCUGUUCAGUUAAUUUCAAUUGUGUCCCGAUCGACAUUGGAGUCGACUACUUGAAGCAACAAUUUUUACCAGCUGGAAGACUGCAUUCAGUCGAAAGUUACUUUUCAUUUACCCGCAACAAUCACCGUUAUCAUCCCCAAUUGAACUCUUUCGUGGUAAAUCCAAUUCUUCAGUCUAGUUAUUUGAAUAACUCAAUGCUGACUUAUCACAAUAAUGCUGAUAUUAAACCCUCUCAACUCUCUCAAUGGAUUACUUCAUCUACAUCAUCAACUGACGCAAAUUCACUUCGCUCGUUGUCAUUAUCAUCAUUUAAAUCAUCUAAAUCACUUUUAAAGUGCUUUCCUCGCAGAAACAAGGAACUAUCAGCUUGGUCAAUUCCAAUCGCCACGAAUAAAGUUAUCUGGAAAAGUCAAAAGUGGUUUUACGAAGCCUACAGAGAACCUCCGAUCCGUUUUGAGCAACAUCUAGUUGUCUCUCAAUGGCACCAACUAAUUUUCAUAGUUUUAUCUCUCAUUUAUUUAACCUCGUUGAGUUGGUUUUCAUUUAGUCGUAAAUUAUUAUCAAAUUACCCAGAUUUAUUGACUUUUGGCUUUUUAAGUAAUUCUAAUAAUGACCGAAAAGAAGUCAAACAAUCUCUCGACAAUAACAAUAAUAGCUCAUCAUUAACAUCAUUAACAACAUCGCCACCGUCAUCAACUCCUUCACCGUCAUCGUCUUCGUCAUCAUCUUCAUUUUCAAUUCAUCUUGUUGGACAAGGUUGGGACUCCCCUAGUGACUCUUCUGAUGGACAAUAUAAAUUCCCACCCAACAAAACUAUCAGAGUCUCGAUAAAUGGAUCCAAAUCAGACUGUGAAACAACUUCACUGAUUUUAAUCCAAAGCGGUUUGACUAUUCUCGAAGAAUCAAGUUCAAUGCCGUACAAAGGAGGAUGUCUAACACCAGCCUUCGCUUUUCGUUACACUUCAAUACGAGACCGCCUCCACCAGAAAGGAUUGCAAUUUAAAAUACUCCAUCAUUAAUUGUCAAAUAUUGCUAACAAUCAGUUGAAUAAAUUUUGUUUUACUAUUAAA